ACCCGCCUCUGCCUUCGUGCAGACCAACCACUGCACAGCGUUACUGACAGGAGGAUCGUUUACAUGGUGGACACAAUCCGAGUGCUGCAUCUGCCAAUCAGCAGUGAUUUUCUCUGUGUAGCCCCUCCCACAGACACAGCUAUGCGCCAGUUCUCACCUGACCCAAUGCAGCACUGACAGCGUGUCAUUGGUGACCAUUUAAGCCAAUCAGCUGCCAGAUGAAACUGAGGAAGUGAAAUUAUUAAUGAGCCCUGAAUGACUCCGGACAGCUAGCAAAGAGCCAGCUAAACAACAACAGCUUACAACAGUUUGGCUCGACUGUCCUAAAAAUCACACUUUGCCUCAGAUAAACAGUUUGAUUCCAUCCUCACAUCAAACAUAGUUAGAUCCACUUCAGAGACAGUUUCAGUAACAGCAGCUAAUAGAGGCUAACAGAAGCUAACAGCAGCUAAUAGAGGCUAACAGAAGCUAACAGCAGUGCAUAUUGACAGAAAGUUCAGCAUAUUUUCAACAGCUCGUCUCAGUAUCACUGUCAUCAGACAGAAGUGAGUUUCACUCACUCACUGACUCCUCCAAAGUAAAUACAGGUGGACACCAGCUGACACCAGUGAUCUGACAGCUUACACUACAGAUGAAUGUUUUUUUGGCUGACUUCAGGGGUAAAAAUGUUAAAUCCUGCAAAAUACUUGACACAUAUCCGUUUCUUAUUUCUGAUUUACUGCUAAAUAUUGAUAUUAUUCAAAUAUGUUAAAAUGUAAUGUGAAUAAAAUGUUUUUAUAUAUAAACAGUAGUAGAAGGCCAGGCAUGGCCAUUACGAGGUUUGAAGCCUAACAGUUAGAAACAAACAAAUAAUGGUGCAGUAACAUCUACUGUUGAUGUGAUCAUCACCAUGAAUCCAGGGCGCUUCUGUCUGGUGACCUCGGUAUAUCAAUGUCGAAAUAGUGGUAAAACUGUGGGAGGAGCCACAGGAGUUCAGGGUCGGAUCUGAGACCCCUUAGGAAGGACUUUCAUUAGACGUCAAAGAACUUCUGUCCACGAGCUCAGGCAGGAGACCCCGAGUGAGACCAGAACCUGCUGGUCUGGUCUGGGAAUGCCUCAGAAGUCUGGAAUACUGCUCAGCCUGCAGGUGACCUGACUUUGAUGGAUGGACAUGUUUUUACAAGCAAACACUUCUGAUGAGCGCUGGGGUCAGAGUGCAGCUUGUUUUUGUAACAUUUUUUAUUGUUGGCAAGAGUGUUAAUAAAAAAAUCGUUAAUCAUGAAACAGAAACACGAGAACACAAAGAGAAGAAGAGCGUUUGAUCAGGUCUAAAUGACCUGUUCAAGUUCAAUAAGGAGAAAGAGGUGAACAUGUUUCAGUAAAACGACCCUGAUGGUUUCCAUCACAGGCACGAACGUCAGGCUCAUAUCGGGCUUCCUUCUUCAGCGAAUUCUGCUCAGCCCGGACGUAAGUGAAGGAGGAAGAAACCACAGUGACAUCAGAAACAGUCUGGCACCCGCACUUCCCGUCUCAUUACAUCACACCGUUUCCUUAAACUCAGAGGAAAUACACCAGACAAGCCUUUUAUGGAAAUGUAAGGUCGGUUAAGUUCACUGAGCAAAACCAUGACAGCAGGUCAUCGGUGAUGAAGCAGAAUUCAAACAAACACGAAGAAGCUCGGAAAACAAACCUCAAACAUCUGAAGACGAAUCAAACUGAAACUUCAGGCAAGGCAUGCAGUCAAUGAACCAAAACCAGAACGCUGUGUGUGUGUGUGUGUGUGUGUGUGUGUGUGUGUGUGUGUGUGAGACUGGGUGGGGUCUGAAUAAAAGUGUGUCCUGUCAGAUAUCACAGACCACUUCUCUCCAGCUCACCCUCCAUGAUCAUGCAGACACAGACAAACAGCCGAAACUAUACCGAACAUUUCAUAGAGGGUCAGCAUGUGCGGCUGAAUGAUUUAAGAAGUAUAGCUGAGCGUCAGGGUUUGGAGAACCAGUACCUCUACAAAGAAGACGUCCCUGAAUACCCCCGACCUGAGUUCUAUGUGUCUCACCUGAAACAUGACACAGAGCGCAGGGGGCUACGUGGGAUCUGGAAGGACAGAGGCUUCAAGGAUCAUCGUGGAUGGUCCUCGGAUCCUCGCCAUCUCUCCCUGGUGUGGUGGAGUCUGGCUGUGGGACCUGAGGAGAUCCAAGCGGCCGAGACGAGGCUCCUGGAGGAGACCUACCCGGACCGGAUGGAGGAGCAGGCUGCAGAGCAGGAGAGCUUCCUCUGGAAGUUUGCUUCCUCUCCAGCCUUCAAGAGGAGGUCAAGACUGGGCUCAUACCGCUUCAGGUUCCCUCUGGAGGAGGUGCUGACGGCCUACAGCGAGCAGUUUUGCUCCGGAGCUCCGCCCAUCAUGAGGGUGUUCAAGACCUCGCUGUACAAACAGGAAGUGCAGUACUCUGUGCUGGUCCACAGCCCGGCCAAUCAGCGGUUCUUCUCAAGGUUUCCUUUGCUCCCUGAUGAUGACCCGGACGCCGUCUGCACUUAUAGAGACGGACGCUUCAUCUGGAGACCGGAGGCCAUGUGUGGGACACACAGUUAUGAGUUGAUCUGUAGACCUGAUGGAAACCAGAUGGACGCUCAGGAACUACCUGCACGACCUCCAUUUUACGUCUGGGAUCACGUCGCCAUUGCCCUGCAUGUGGCGAACGGACAGGUGCUGACGUUUAACGCUGACCGCCUGAGACAGAACCUCAGCUUCUGUUGGCCGGACGAAGUAACAGCCAGAAAUGACGAGGAGGACUUCGAUGAUUUCGAAGACGCUACAAACUUGGUUAAAUGCCUGUGGCCGGGCUGGCGCCUCCCCUCGAGGAGGAGCGCUCGCUCCUCCAGCGUUACACAGUGUCCGACAUCAGACUGGUUCUCGUCGGGAGGCCUGGAGUGGGUAAGAGCUCCACUGGGAACGCCAUCCUAGGAAGGCUUGCCUUCAGUCCAGGCGGUCCAUCCUCAGGGACGUCAUCGUGCUGCUGGCAGAGCGAGUGGGUGUUCGGCCACCAGGUGACCGUAGCCGACACUCCUGGUCUCUCGGAAACAUCCAGCGACGCCGUGAAGAGGGGCAUCUCCACAUGUGUAAACAUGCUGAGGCCCC